AAUGUUAAUUUUCCUGAAACUGGUGGCUGCUUAACAGGACUGAGGUUGGUUAUAGAGGAGAGGCCAGGUAGAUGGUGGAGAAGUUGCAUUGGAAGUAUCUUGAGUGCUCUCCUCUGAGGCAGGAUUCAGUGUACUUAAAUUUAUCCCUGACAGACAUUUCCUUAAUUGGCUCGUACAGAUUAUGAAAUUCAUGGAAUGCCUUCCCCUCCUCUCCAAGGUAACCUGCUUCAAUGCUUAGCUAUCACAUAUAGUCAGAAUUUUUCCUUAAUAGCUGACCUAAAUCUUUGUUGAAACUAAGCUGAUUAUUAUCAUGCACUGUCCAGAGUACACCUGGAGACCAGUGGAUGGAUGUCCUGUCACUGGGCUGAUGAAUGUUCUCUAGUUCCCACUCGCAGUCUUCUCCAGGCAGAGAACCCUCUCUCUGUGUUUUCUCUGAUCUCUUAGCUUUGUUGAGCAUUUUUAUCAUCUUGAACUCAGAAGUAGGUUCAGUGGAGGUGCUGUUAGCAAUGAGGAAGUAGGGCAAUUAUCUCCCUUGUGUAUCUCCAUCCCUCUUAAAACAUUCCAGAAUGAAUUAUUCUUACUUGGUUGCAUAUCUCACAUUACUGAAAUAUUCAGUUUGCAAUUCAUUGUAAGCCACAUCCUUUUUUGCUAUACCUCUACCUAGGUAAUUAUUCCUGGAGAGGUAUCCAAGUUGGUGGGGUUUUUUUUUUAACUAAGGAUAUUAUUCUGCACUUGUUAUUAGGUUGAGAAGUUACUUUGGUCAUAGUAACAUAAAUUUCUAUACAAUUUUUAUAUUUGAAAUCCAUUCUUGCAAUCCUCUUCCUUCUAGUUUAGGGUCAUCCACAAAUAAUUAAAACACUGAGUGGUGCCAGGCCCUGCACAUUAUGAUAAACUGUUCCAGUUUGACAGUUUUUAGUCUCAAACAACUUUCUUCUUGUUCUUCAUGUUUCUUACUAAAACUGCAACUCAUUCUGUGCCAUGGCUUUACAUCUGAACCAAAUUUUGUGGAGAUCUGAAAUGAGGAAACCAUCAAUUCCUUUGAACUGGCUUUUGUGCACAGAGUAGGGAUUGCUCACACCUCAAAAACUAGAAGUUAGUGUAAAAUCCUGAAGUUUUCCAAAGUGUUGAUGCCUUGUGUAUGCCUUCUUUUAAAUUAUUUUUUCUUUAAUUUCCUCAGAAAAAUCUGCUUUUACUUGAACUCUCUUCAAAAUUGCAUUUGCUUUCUUAUACAGCUUUCUGGGAUAACCAUGCAAAUGCCUCAUUCUCACAUGCUUAAUACAGGAUCAGAUUUGCAGAUAAUACAUUAAUGCGUGGUUAUACUUGUAAGGGAUGACUUCAUCUGACCACAAGUGCUCCAGGAAGAUGAGAGUCAGCAGCAAUAUUUUGAGAAUUGUUGAUAUUGAAGUAAAUAGAAAAUAUUCUGAGAACAGCAAAUUACUGAUUAGAAUGAAAGGACUGGUCUUGUGGUGAAAACAGAGCAGAAAUCUGACGAUGUUCCACUCUAAAAGCCAUGGAGCUGGGAAAGGCGAAGCUCCUGCGCACUGGCCUCAACGCCUUGCACCAGGCCAUUCACCCCGUGCACGGGCUGGCCUGGACGGACGGCAAGCAGGUGAUCCUGACCGCGCUGCACCUGCACAACGGGGAGCCCACCUUCGGUGACUCCAGCGUGGUCGGUCAGUUUGAGCACGUGCACGGGCUCUACUGGGGCCCGUGUCCCGCCGAGGCCCCGGCCCUGCUGGCCGUGCAGCACAAAAAGCACAUCACCAUCUGGCAGCUCUGCUUCAACGGCACCGACAGGAACAAGCUCCUGGUUUCCCAGGUCUGCGACAUCAGCGAGCCGUAUCCCGUGCUCCCCCAGGGCUGCGUGUGGCAUCCCAGCAAGGAGGUCUUGGCCGUGCUGACCACCCGGGACGCCUCUGUCCUGCCCUCUGUCCACCUCAACAACUCCAGAAUUAACGCUGACAUCAAGGGCAGCGGGCUCAUCCACUGCGCCUGUUGGACCAAGGAAGGCAGCCGUUUGGUUGUGGGGGUAGGCAGUGCCCUCCAUUCUUACAUUUGGGAUGAUGCUCAGAAAACACUCAGCGCUUGUUCUUUUUGCCCAAUCUUUGAUGUGGGAGGCUACAUCUGUGCCGUGGAAGCUACUCAGAAUUUACAAGUUGCUGUUGCCACCGAGCUCCCUCUGGACAAGAUCUGUGGCUUAAACGCUGGUGUUGCCUUCGAAGUUCCAUCUAGUGUUGAAACCGAGUCCUUCCCCUCACAGUCCAGCUUGUGUGGGGAGGAAGAACAUUCUUUGGAUGGAGGGAAGAAGUCACUGGACUCUGAGAAGCCCUUGUCUGUAGUUACAUCUCCUGUGGAUCUUACUCACAUACUUUCUAGCAAGCAGAGUGCUGAUUCCAGCCCUCUCCUUCACCUGAGGCCCAAGGAUUACCUGACGGGAAGUGGCCAGGAUUCCUCACACCUCAUCUUGGUGACUUUUGAAAGAAAGGUUACCUCUACUAAAAAAGUGAGCAUCCCAGGCAUUCUUGUUCCUGAUAUAAUGGCUUUUGACUCCAAAACUCAAACUGUAUCUGUUGCCUCCAAUACUUGUAAUGUUAUUUUAGUCUAUUCACUGACUUCAUCCAAUUUACCCAAUAUUCAACAAAUUCAGCUAGAGAAAAGCGAGAAGCCGAAGGGAUUGUGCUUCUUGACCAAUAAAUUGUUACUGAUACUGGUUGGAAGACAGAAAUUCUCUGACCCUGCUUUUCUUCCAUCUUCAAGAUCAGACAAAUACAUGAUCCGAUUGAUGAUUAAAGAACUGAUACUUGAAAUGUGUCCUUCAAAGUCUGUGUCAGCUGAUGGCAGCUCCAGUUUGAACCUUUCCAGUGUUACUCAUGAUCCCUCUAGGGAUGCCCACCCUCUCAGCCGUGGGCUCCUGAUACCAGAUCACUCUGCCCUUCAGUCCCCCACAAGCCGAAGGAAACUCAUUGAAGAAAUCAAGAGUCCUGCUUAUGAACAAAACUUGGUGUUGAACAUCAGCGACUUCAAAGAGAAAAAGAUUUCCAUGAAUUUUCCUCCAGCUGUCGAGACUCUAGAUGCUGAACCAGUUAAUCGGAGUGUGGCACUGUCUAAUGCUUCAAACAGGCCAACGUCCCCAAAAAGGCAGCAUGACUCAGCUUCCAAAAUACCCAAUUCUUACAAGAAUAACCUGUUCAGUGAGAAGGAGGCGAGUUACUUUUUGAAAAAUGUGGAAAAAUUGUCUGGCAACUUCGCAGAAUUGCAGCACCAUCUUUCUGAAUUAACUGAGCUGCUAAAAUCUGGGAAGAGAAAUCUUCCAGAUUACCCUUCUUCUCAGGAACCAUCAUUUAUUAAAAUCACCUGCCAGAAGCAGCUUUCCAAAAGUGAUGCAGAUGAAAGUCGGGCUGUUCUUCUCUGUGGUGGUAAACUCCGCCUAAACAUCGUCCAGCAGAUAUUCAACCUCUCCCUUGUAGAAAUGCAGCACGGUUCCUCUUGGAUCAUCCUCACAGCAGACAGCGAGGGCUUCAUCCCGUUAAUGUUUACAUCCACACAGGAGAUCCUCAUCAGAGAUGCCACUGCAAAAGGCUACAGUGCCCGCUCCUCCAAAACUCUGGACAUCAUCAGUUCCACAGAGGGGUGUAGAUCCACUUCUUCCGAAAGCCUGGACAUCACCAGUUCUCUGGAAGUCCUGAGGGACUGCUCCUCCAAGACCUUGGACAGCAUCAGCCCUUCAGAACAGCCCAGCAAUAAAAUGUAGUUUUUGACAGUGGUUUUGCAAUGUCUCUCUGAUGAUAGGAGGCUUUUAUGUUUACUGUAUGGGACUGCAAAUUAUUAACAACAGUCUCAAAUGUCUGUACAAUUUCUAUAAUUUUUGUUGCAUUGUAAAUUAUUUAUUCGGUCCUUGGAAAUGUUAACUUUUUUUUUAUACUGAGCAGUGUUUUUUAACUAUGCCUCUUGCAGUACAUAUGAGGUUGAAAAUGUGCAUUCUUACAAGUUUCUGAGCUCAAGUUUCCAUCUUGGUCUUUAAUACAUUGGUGGUUUUAGAUAAUAGUAAACUUGGAUAAUAAAGAAAUCUUUGAAAAUGC